UUGGUCUUGUUUGUUUUGUGCAACCAUUUCUAAACAAUGCGGACAAUGUCUGGCAAGAUGGCUGUGUAUGUGUGAGAGGAUACAGAGAGGGUUCCAGAAGCCAAAGCGAGAGAGGGAAUGAGAAACAGAGUGCUAUUGUACAGUAUGAGAGAAAAGAAUUAGUCAGAGGUGUAGAGAGAGAGACAGAGAGAGAGAGAGAGAGAUAGGGUAACAGUUUGUGCCUAGGAGAGAGUGACAGAAGGAGAGACCAUAUAUGUACUGCAUGUCCACGUUUGAGUGAGGUGGAUGUGUGUGUCUGUGCGACACACAGAGAGGAGGGAGAAAAAACGCUUAUCCCCUGGCCCUUGGCGAGUGCCUGCGUGCACGAGGCUGAAUAGGAGCCAGGGAAAGGGGAAGGGCCUCGCGUCGGCCGACAAAAACAGCUGCCUGAGAGCACGCAGCAAAACAGUGAGGAGAGGGAGAGACGACGGUGUGACAGAGAGGGAGCGACGGAGAGACGGAGAGAGCACCAGGGACCACAUGUCUACAUGGGUUGCGCCCUGAGUGCGGAUUUGUGUGGGGAGGAAGCGGAGCCGGAGCCUGUCGCCAGAGGGUCGCUGAAGCGCCGUAGUCCAGAGAGGACCAGCAGCGGCAGGAUGAGGCUGACCAAGGCAGGGAAAGGGGAGCCCCAUGUCUUCAAGGAGAAGAACUUUAAGAAGAAGCGUCAGUGCGGGGUGUGUCAUCAAAGUGUGGACACCCUAGGGUCCUUCUGCCGAGUGUGUAAAACAGCUACUCACAAGAAAUGCGAGGCGAAGGUGACCACAGCUUGCAUUCCAGCUGCCCCAGCUGAUCUGCUGCGGAGAGGGACUGCUCCCUCCCGACACAUACAACACCUGGGCUCCACAAAGUCUCUGACUUACAGCAAACAGAGGAGCACCUUGCCCAGGAGUUUCAGCGUGGACCGUGUGAUGGAGAGGGUCAUGGAGCGUCACUACGACUUCGACCUGACCUACAUUACUGAGAGGAUCAUCUCCGUGUUCUUCCCCCCCCUGCUGGAAGAUCAGCGCUACCGCAUCAACCUCAAGGAGGUGACGGCCAUGCUCAAGUCCAAGCACCAGGACAAGUUUCUGCUCUUCAACCUUUCAGAACGGCGCCAUGACAUCACCCGCAUGAAUCCAAAAGUCCAUGAUUUCGGUUGGCCUGACCUCCAUGCCCCUCCCCUGGACAAGAUCUGUGCCAUGUGUAAGGCCAUGGAGACCUGGCUGACCUCCGACCCCCAGCAUGUGGUGGUACUGCACUGCAAGGGCAACAAGGGCAAGACUGGCGUGAUCAUCGCAGCCUACAUGCAUUACAGCAAGAUCUCCGCAGGGGCAGACCAGGCCCUCAGCACACUGGCCAUGAGGAAGUUCUGUGAAGAUAAAGUGUCGUCCUCCCUACAGCCCUCCCAAAACAGGUACAUCUACUACUUUGGGGGGCUCCUAUCGGGGUCGAUCAAGAUGAACAGCAGCCCUCUGUUCCUCCACCAGGUCCUCAUCCCCACACUGCCCAACUUCCAGGGCGAAGGAGGUUACUUUCCCUUCCUGAAGAUCUACCAGUCCAUGCAGCUGGUCUACACAUCUGGGAUAUAUGACCUUCAGGGCUCCGGGGGCAGGAGACUGUGUGUGACCAUCGAGCCGGCGCUGCUUCUGAAGGGAGACGUCAUGGUCAAGUGUUACCACAGGCGGGCCCAGGGCGCUGAGAGGGACACAGUGUUCAGACUGCAGUUCCACACCUGCACCAUCCACGGGGCCCAGCUGUGGUUCGGCAAGGGGGAGCUGGAUGAAGCCUGUACAGAUGAGCGCUUCCCAUCGGACGCCACGGUGGAGUUUGUCUUCUCAUCUGGACCAGAGAAAAUCAAAGGCCGGGAGUACCAGAGGAAUGACCCCGCUGUCACCGUGGACUACAACACAGCUGACCCCGUGGUGCGCUGGGACUCCUACGAGAACUUCAACCAGCGAUACCAGGACAGCCUGGAAGACAUAGCCCACACCAGGGGUCCAGUAGAUGGCAGCCUGUAUGCCCAGAUAAAGAAGCGUCGCUCAGGCCCGGGGUCGGGCUCCCUGACCUCCACCAAUGGAAGUCCGGCUGGCUCCAGCGAGGAGAGACCCAGUCAGCACCAGCUGCUCUCUCCCAGCUCUGACUCCCUGACGCACUCCGGCCUCUCGUGUGCCUUCCCGGACCGUCCAGAAGAGCCCCGGGGUCCCCCACCCCCUACCCAGCAGGAGAGGGAGGAGCUAGACCGCCUGCUGGGGGGCAUUGAGGGGGAGCGGGACGGCCGGGGCAGGGAGAGGGAGACCGCCAUCCUGGACGACGGGGACUCGUCGUCUACCUCGGACCGCGCCGGCACCCUGAGGCUGGGCCGCUCGUGCUCCUGCCGCGCGGGCUACCGCUCCCAGCGCUGUGCCGAGCCCGGCUGCGACCGACUCCACCUCCUGCCCAACGGGUACUGCCUGGACAGAGCCCCGGGCAGCAACGGCCACCACGGGGCUCCGCCCUCGGCUAGCCCUGCCAUCGGCCCCUCCCACAUGGACCUGUGUCAGCACUACAGCCCCCACCCACACCAGGCCCCUCCCCCGCCCGACCUGGUCUGGGACCGCCAGCAGGGGCCUUCACACUACCUGCACCGCUCCUGCUCCGAGGGCCCCUUGCGACACCCCUCCCUGUGCCCCUAUCCGUCCCAGGAGCUGUGCCCCGACCCCCACCCCCGCCUCCUCUGCAGGAGGGAGGACUGCGGCCCGUACCACCACCCUCCCUCACACGCCCACCACCACGCGCACCACCACCCCAAGCCCCCCGGCCCCUACCACGACAUGCUGCUCCUGGACGGCCUGCCGCCCCCGGGCUGCCCGUGCCGGGACUGCCUCGUCAGGAGGGAGGACUCAGGUUUCCACGGCGUGCGGGGGGAGAGCUUCCACUGGGACAGGGAGGCGGAGCUGAGGAGGGCCCGGGAGGCGGAGCUGCCUAGAGGGCCGGCGGACGUGCACUGGGACAGGGAGGCGGCUGCGGGCCUGAGGAGAGGCCGGGAGGUGUCCCUGCAGUGGGAGAGGGACCGGGACGCCGAGCUCCAGUGGGAGAGGGAGAGGGAGGCCGACUACUGGCACCGGAGGGCCACCUUGUCCUCCUACGGGCCCCCGGGCCACGAGCUGCCGGCCUUCACCUUUGACCCGCUGCCGUCCGGCCAACCGGCGUACCCGGAGCCGUCCCGCUCCCACGGCCACUCCCACCUGGACCUGAAGUACAGCAGCGGUAGCAGCGGCUACCAGACCCCACGCCAGGCCUGCCCCUGCUCCCCCUACCAGCCCUCCCCCUCGGAGAGCCGGGGCUACGGCUCGGGGUACCAGUCCGAGUCCACGUCCCCUCUGCCCCCUCCCUCCACCCUGUCCGGGCCGUGCAGCCACGCCACGCGGCCGGCGGACCACCCCGACGGCUACCCCCAGUACCCCCCCGACAGCCGCACAGGGAUGUGUGAGAGCGUGGGUUGGAGGGACCACAUCUCCCAAGGUUCCUUCAAGAGGAUGCAUCGAGAAGCACACGCCCCCUGCUCCACGCCCUCUGACCUCUCCGGCCCACCCACGCCCGUCCACACCAGCAGCCCGCUGCGUGCCCAAGGAAGCGCCGGUCUAACUGGACAGGACUACGACGUUCCAUCCACCGACAUCGCAAACAGUGACUGCGAGUCUACCCGGUCCCAGGACAGACCUGAUGGCGCCGCCGCUCAGGGCCACCGCCUGGACGCCCAGCUCCUCCCAGGCCCUCCGCAGCCCUCAUCCGUCCCCCACACCCCGCCGCCCACCCAGACCAACCACCUCCAGAUCGCCCAGACGCAGGGCUCCCCGUCCCGCCAGCAGAACCAGGGCGUGGCGACCCCUCCCUCUCAGCCCCGGGAUCAGUGUGACACAACCGGAUCGGCGACCUCCACACAGACCCCUCUGGGGAGAGCUGGCCCACCCGGUCCGGAGACCGGCGCUCUGGUGGAGGCAGCCACUACGCUGCCGUCCGUUCCCCGGCCCCCGAACCCAGCACCCGGCUCUCCGGGGCCCGGCUCUCCGGUGCCCGGCUCUCCGGCUCAUGCCCCAGGCCAGGCCAAGCAGAACGGACCAUGUCCAACCAGAGAGCUGACCCCGGAGGUCCCCAGGUCUGCCCCCACCUCGCCCCCGUCCUCCCCCCAGCCUCCCGGCAGCAGUCUGGAGAGCUCCCCGUCCUCCGAGCCUCCUGUUCCCGGCUUCGCCACCUUGGGCCGGAGGCUGAUGCUUGGCACUGAACACCCGGGACCCCGGCAACACUACCCUGGCAUGGAGGGCAGCGCUGGCGGGCACUCUCCCGUCCCGGAGGGACAAGCUACGCCCACUUUUCCCACCUCUGCCUAUGCCCAGUCAGUCCCCUACUCGGGCUACACCGCCGUCACCAUCCCCCAGCCCCCCCUCCCAGAGAAACGGCGGCCGUCUGCUCAGCCUGGGUCCCCCAACGGAGGGGUGGGCACCCUCAGGCCCUCGCCCGCCCAGCACCACGUCACCUUCUCACCAACCGUGGGGGAGAUGUCCACCCACACAGGUCAAGGGGAGGAAGCUCUGUCCCCGGAGGGCGAGAUGGCAAGCAAGGUCAGUGUCAAGUUUGUCCAGGACAGCUCGCGCUUCUGGUACAAGCCUGGCAUCUCCAGGGACCAAGCCAUAGCUGCCCUGAAAGAGAAAGAACCUGGUGCGUUUCUCAUCCGGGACAGCAACUCCUUCCAGGGGGCCUACGGCCUGGCUCUGAAGGUGGCCACGCCGCCCGCCAACGUCAACAACCACAGCAGCAAAGCGGGUGAUCCGUUGGAGCAGUUGGUGAGACACUUCCUGAUCGAGACGGGCCCCCGCGGAGUGAAGAUCAAAGGGUGUCAGAAUGAACCCCAUUUCGGAAGUUUGUCGGCGCUGGUGUACCAGCACUCCAUCACCCCCAUCUCACUGCCCUGUGCGCUGCAUAUCCCUGAGAAAGAUCCCAUUGGAGAAAUGCAGGAGCAGCAGUCAGCUGCCAGUAACAUGAGCACGGCCGCCGACCUGCUCAAACAGGGAGCGGCCUGUAACGUGCUCUACCUGAACUCAGUGGAGACAGAGUCUCUCACUGGACCCCAGGCCAUCUCCAAGGCAGCCGGAGCCACGCUGGGAAAGAACCUGCGACCCGCGGCCACGGUGGUCCACUUCAAAGUGUCCUCGCAGGGGAUCACUCUGACCGACAGCCAGCGCAGGGUCUUCUUCAGGAGACACUACCCAGUCAGCAGUGUGACCUUCAGCAGUAUCGACCCAAAGGACAGGAGGUGGACUAACUCAGACAGCACGACAUCUAAGGUGUUUGGGUUUGUUGCCAAGAAGCCUGGCAGCACUGCAGAGAAUGUCUGUCAUCUGUUUGCCGAGCUGGACCCCGAGCAGCCCGCCUCGGCCAUUGUCAACUUCAUCAACAAGGUUAUGUUAGCACCUCAGCGAAGGUAGAGGACCCAGCCCCGGGCCCAGCGAAUGGGGUCACACGGGCCAAGAUGUCAAGCUUUCAAAAGAACCACAGAGCACCAGCGGUCGUGGUCCAUUUUCAAAUACCAAGUUUUGGAUCCCACACCAGACGACUGCCGGUUUGAAUUGUAAAUGUAAUCAUUGUUUGUAUCGCCAUCUAAAAUGCCUUGAUAUUCGCCUUACGGUUACCAAAGCUUUGUUGCCACUUUCAGUCAGUUAUCUAAAGUUUCAGGAGCCAGUGAGCAAGUUCGUUUUACAUGGCGCGGUGGUUCAGAUGAAAGGAGCGUACACGUUUUAGACCAUUCCAUUGGUCCUUAAGUCAAAUCUCCACCCUACCAGUGAACCCGGCCAAGCUAAUCAAACUCGCCCUGUAGCCUAGCCUACCCGCUAGCAACCCAAUGAGUCAGUUACACUCAGACACUUGCCUCAACACUUUCACUCUCCCCUGUGUUUUUGUUUCUGACAAUCGUGAAUCGCCUUUAAUGUACAAUGAUGAUUUACCACACUACCGCACGCUAGCGAGUGAAGGAAAAAUGGAUGUGAGGAAAGUCUAUAAUGCACGAAGGGAGAGCGUACGUGGUCAGGGUAUCUGUGUGGAGGCUACGGGUAGGGGAAAAAGAUAACGUAAGUACCAGAGAUUAUGGGGUAAUGUUAAGUUUUGCCGACGUAUCAUGCAUUCGUAUGGAGUGUACCCUAGAAAGACACGUUUGCGGUAACUAUGGAAUCGCGGUGUGCUGCACGCCACCUCCUUCCGAUGUAUAGGAUUCAUAACCGUGGUUUAUUCUCUCAAGAGCAAUACGAAACAGUAACAUUGCUGCAAAUAGUAAUUUUUGUUUUCUUACACACAUUUUGUGUGGAUUGAUUAGCUAAACUAUGGGAAUAAUACAACUCCUUAUACAGUGCCAUAUCAUUGAGAAGUGUAUACGGACAUUAAAAAACAUGACAAAACAAGCCCUGGCCUUUGACAUGGUAUCAAUGUAACGCUCAAAUAUCUUCCCUUGGUUUGACUAGUUAACUUGUAAAGUAAAAAAAACGUGUACAAAGUGAACUGUUGCCAAUGGCCCCACUCUACUUAACCAAAGACCCAGCACUUGUGUAUUAAGCUUUAAUCGUUCAUAUUUUCAAGCUUUGUGUAUUUGUAUUUACUAGUGUUUUGCAUUGUGUUUGUAAGACAAGGCGACUACUUUGUAUGACAGCGGUAAUAUAUUGUGGUCUGUUUUCUUAUUGAUCUUUAUAUGUAGUAAUAUAUUUUUCUCACAUGCAGCUAGAAAAAGAACAUCAAAAGGAAACAUUUGUAAGAAAAGUGAUAUGUUAUAUGCCGUUUUUAAAGGAAGCUUUGUAUGCACAAAUGAGAAUAUAAUUAAAAUGAAAAGUUGUGGUACCAAA